AGAUAGAAAUUCAACAUUAAUCAACAACAGCGAUAAAAAUCGAUCCCACCGCCUGCAAAUGUGACGUUGAAUUUUUACUUUUCCAAAAGAAAAUUUCCUUGACCUGAUAAAAUAAGGCCUGUGCUAAAAGGUUUUCGUGUGUAAAUAAAUCAACAAUUACAAUUACAAAAAUCUAUGUUGAAACGGUGAUUGAAGUGCAUAUUGCCUAAAGCUGUGCUGUUCGGCAACGAUGAAACGCACAACCUUCGAAAAUGGUGCUGCCGGACCAGCAGCAAUUGGCGGAUUUAAACAACCGUCCAGCGCAAAACUCGUCUACCAACAGCGGAUGUCCCUGCCGAUCUACAACGUUCGAAAACAGAUAGUGGACCACGUCAAAAAGAACCAGACAUUGAUUCUGCUCAGCGAUACUGGUUCCGGAAAAAGUACCCAGGUGCCGCAAUUCCUCCACGAGGCCGGUAUCAAUCAGGGCAAAAUGAUUGCCAUUACCCAACCGCGUCGAGUGGCCGCUAUUACGGUGGCCAAGCGUGUCGCCCAGGAGCAGGAAUGUUCUUUGGGUGAACUGGUCGGCUAUUCGGUGCGUUUCGAGAACGUCACUUCGGAGCGGACCCAGAUCAAAUUCAUGACGGACGGAACGCUGUUCCGCGAAGCGUUGUCCGAUCCAUUGCUCAAGAAUUAUAAUGUGAUAAUAUUGGACGAAGCCCACGAACGUACCAUUGCUACGGAUGUCCUCUUUGGGAUAGUGAAAAAAGCCCAGCAAACCAGAAGAAACAAACUGCUGGACCCGCUGAGGGUCAUCAUAAUGUCGGCCACCAUGGAUGUCGAUCAUUUUUCGCAAUACUUUAACCAAUGUCCGACGCUGUACCUGCAAGGAAACAACUUUGUCGUUCGCGUUUUCCAGUGCACAGAGAACAUAAAUUACAUCGAGGCUUGCGUGACCACGGUAUUCCAAAUACACGAGCAAAAGAACCCUGAAGGGGACAUUCUGGUCUUUCUCACCGGUCAGGAGGAAAUCGAAUCCACUGCCAUGCUGAUUAGGAAGUUGGCAAAAAAUCUAAACAAUGGCCCCAAAAAGCUUCCACGAAUCAUCGUUUAUCCGAUGUACGCUGCCAUGAACCAAAACAACCAGAUAGACGUUUUUACUCCGACGCCAGCCUUCACCAGAAAAAUUAUUCUGGCCACUAACAUUGCCGAAACAUCGAUUACCAUUCCCGGUAUUAAAUACGUGGUCGAUUGUGGCAAAUCGAAAGUACGAGCCUACGAUUCAGUUACCGGAAUAGACACCCUAAAAGUUGCAUGGAUCUCAAAGGCUCAAGCAUGGCAGAGAACCGGACGAGCUGGCCGAAUAGAAGAUGGCGAAUGCUAUCGAACUUACUCCAAGGAAGAGUUCAAAACGAUGGAAACACACAGCAAACCGGAAAUCCUACGAUGCAAUAUCGCUUCCUCAACACUACAAUUGCUGGCCCUCGGAAUCGAUUGUCGACGGUUCGAUUUCAUCGAUAAACCGUCACCGGAAGCCAUCGAGAGUGCACUCACCGAACUGAAACGGCUUAACGCCAUCCAAUCGGUCGAAACUCCGGCCCUCACAACGAUGGGCCGAAAAAUGGCCAAACUACCUCUGGAUCCCAAGUACGCCCGUAUGGUUCUCGCCGCUCCAGAUCUCGGAUGCCUCGACGAAAUACUCUCAAUCGUCGCCAUGCUCUCGGGGGAAAAUGUCUUCCUCACCAACAGCCAGAAACGUGAACAACAACUGGCUGCCCAUUCCAAAUUCUACGCCAAAUGCGGAGAUCAUAUCACGCUUCUCAACGUUUUCAACGAAUUCAAGGCAAAAGAAAGACCCCGUUCCUGGUGCUACGACAACUUCCUGCUGGAACGCAAUCUCAGCCACGCCGUGUCCGUGCGGCAGCAGCUAGCCGACAUCUGCCACACCAUCGGUCUGCCGAUCGAAUCAUGUGGCAACGAUCCCGUGCCGGUAGUCAAAUGUCUUCUGAUUGGCCUGUACCAAAACGUAGCGGAACUACAACGGGACAACUCCUACCUGACGAUGGCCAAUCGAACCCGGGCCCGAAUUCAUCCGUCCAGUGUGCUGUGUGGUCGGGCCCGGCCCGGCUACAUCAUCUUCACCGAACUGGUAGCGACCGGGUCGGCCUUCCUCCGCACCGUGAGCGAAAUCGAACCGGAAUGGAUCGGAGAGCUGGUGCCGCACUGUGGCUUCGUCGAUCGGAUAACGUGCGGGAGCAAUCGAGGCAGCGCCAGUAGCUACACCGGCAACAUCAACGGUAGCAAAUUGUUGUAGGAGUGUAAUCCGAUUGAAUCGGAUUUAGGUUCCGAGAGAUUUUAUGUUACAAAAUCGCAUGGCAAUUUUAUUUAUUGGAUAAUAAAAUGUAAAAGAUUGAUUGCUGGC